CCUUUUGAGUGAAUGUCCUGUGUCUUUCUGUGACACAAUGAUUACUCAGGUAUUUGAGAGUUAAAUGCUUCACAGGUGAUGUAAUCUGUUGAUGUGUGUUUGUAGGUUGUCUGGCUGUAUGGUGACAGAAGAAGGCUGUAGUUAUCUGUCUUCAGCUCUGAGCUCAAACCCCUCACACCUGAGAGAGCUGGAUCUGAGCUACAAUCACCCAGGACAAUCAGGAGUCAAGCUGCUCUCUGACAAACUGAAAGAUCAAAACUGCUCACUAAAGAUACUCAAUUUGGACCAUGGAGAGCCUUUCAGGAUCCAGCCAGGACUGCAAAAAUAUUUCUGUGAUCUCACACUGGAUCCAAACACAGCGAACACUCAACUAAUUCUGUCUGAGAACGGAGAGGUGAAAUAUGUGGAGCAGCAGCCGUAUCCUGAUCAUCCAGACAGAUUUAAAGAUAUUCCUCAGGUUCUGUGUCGAGAGAGUCUGACUGGACGUCAUUACUGGGAGGUUGAGCGGACUGGCUGGGCUCGUGUAGCAGUGGCCUAUAAAACAAUCAUCAAAGAAGGGACUGUUGGUAAGUUUGGAUACAAUAACAAGUCCUGGUGUCUCUUCUGCACUAUUGAUGGAUUUGUUGUCUGGCACAACAAUGUGAGCAACAACAUUCCUGCUCCUUCACCCUCCCCUAAAAGAGUAGGAGUGUAUCUGGAUUGGCCGGCCGGCACUCUUUGCUUCUACAGCAUCUCUGACACGCACACACUCACACACUUACACACAUUCAACACCACAUUCACUGAACCCCUCUAUGCUGGAUUUAAGGUUUUUAAUUCCUCACUGUCACUGUGUAAGAUCACACAACAGACAAACAACUGACUUCUGCCUCCAUCCUAAUCAUGGUCGUAGUUCAGGUCUAUUUAUGAAGAUUUAUAUGAAGUAUAAAAUGUAUGAAUUUAACUACAGAAAUAGUUAUUCCAUGUUGUACGUUAAAAUGUUAUUAAACAUAAAUGUGUAAAAAUGCUGUUGUAUAUUCAGUCCCACUUCAUACUAGAAUUUGACUACUACAUAUGUAAAAAAAAAAAUAAUAAUAAUUGUGUUCAUGUUGUAUUGCAAAACAUGUUUGUUGCUACUAAUGUGGAAUACGGGUAAGAUUAAGGACAGGUUUUGUGAUAUGGUUUAAGUUUAAGGGUUGGUUAAGGCAUAGGGGUAGGGUCAACAAUGUAAUUACAGAUGUAACUUCAAAGAGAUAUUUCAUAUUUAAGAGAGCAAACAUACAUUUGUAUUGUACGUCAUUCAUCUCUACCACAUUACUUCCUAUACAUGUAUAACAUAUAAGUACUGCAAUCAUUUCAAUCAUGUUUGUUAUUUUUCUGUUUCUGUUUAAUCCUAACUGUAUGUUAUGUGCUGUGUUGCCUUCAUAAGUACAGAUAAGAGAGAGUCUUGAUUUAUCAUCACAGGAUCGUGUUGUAAACCAGUAUUUUUUGUUUUGGUAUAAUAACACUGGUUAAAUUUGUGUUGGUCAGACUGCAAAUGUCUGACUGAACAUAGAAAUUAAAAAGAUUAUUCAACAGACUACUCAUUUUUAACAUCACUUCAUCUCCUGCUUUCUGAACUUCCCUCCCUCUGCAUUUGGGCUGAUAAUUUGUUAAGU